AUGACAUUAAGUUCGUCGCAGUCAUCGCCGCCAUCCUCACAGAAUCUCAAGCGUAAACAACAGACCAUUUCCAGCUUCUUCACGAAGCGGGCGCCGACAGCAGAGAAGAGAAGCAACGACCUUGAAGAUGGGCGAGCGACGACCCAGAAAGGGGCAGAGAUGCCGCUGCGUGAAACCACAGGGGAUCAAGAUGAUUUGGUGGACGACGAGGAUGGGGAUAUAGUGGUUCGGGCUCCGAAGCGGGUCAAAACGAACCGAGUUGAUCCUGAGAACGGGUUUGGACGCAAUGUUACACGGGGACCAGACCCACCAUCAAGCAGCAGCCAACGCACUAAUCUUUGCAAGUUCGCGAGCUCUCCUGCUGAUGAUGCAGGCAUUGAGAAAGCAGACGAUCCGGAGGCGAGGCAGCGGCAGCUGGAACGCGAGAAACUACACAAACUAUUUGUCAAGAAACUGGGAGGAGCUGACUGCCUAAUCGGGAUCGGUAGGAAUGCCACCACUGAGGCUCCCUCUGGUACGGAGGAAGUUGCGGAAGGCGAUGAGGAUGAUGAAUCCGCACCCCCGCCCCGGUCAAAGGGGAAAGGAGCGUCAAAGAAGGGCGGGAGCAAGCUGACUCCGCUGGAGAAGCAAGUGAUUGAGAUCAAGCGCAAGCAUAUGGACACGGUUUUGGUGAUCGAGGUGGGCUACAAGUUUCGAUUCUUUGGCGAGGAUGCGAGGAUCGCCGCUAAGGAAUUGAGUAUUGUAUGCAUACCUGGCAAAAUGAGGUUUGAUGAACAUCCCUCCGAAGCCCAUCUCGAUCGCUUCGCAUCCGCUAGUAUACCAGUCCACCGAUUACAUGUGCAUGUAAAGCGUCUCGUAUCAGCUGGAUACAAGGUCGGCGUGGUGAGGCAGUUGGAAACUGCCGCCCUCAAGGCUGUUGGAGACAAUCGCAAUGCUCCUUUCUCCCGAAAACUUACCAACCUAUACACGAAGGGCACUUAUGUAGACGAUGUUGAGGGGUUGGAUGGCGCUACUCCUGCUGCAUCAGGCGGUGCUUCCCCGGCUACCGGGUACAUGCUAUGCAUUACUGAAACAAAUGCAAAGGGCUGGGGCAAUGACGAAAAGGUACAUGUUGGUAUCGUCGCUGUCCAGCCAAACACCGGUGACAUCAUCUACGAUGACUUUGAGGAUGGAUUUAUGAGAAGCGAGGUGGAAGCUAGAUUACUUCACAUCGCGCCUUGCGAACUUGUCAUUGUCGGGGAAUUGUCCAAGGCUACAGAGAAACUCGUGCAGCACCUCUCUGGUAGCAAGCUGAAUACGUUUGGCGACAAAGUCCGCGUGGAUAGGGUCGCGAAGAAGAAGACCGCAGUGGCCGAAUCACAUAGUCAUGUUGCAAACUUUUAUGCUGCGAAACUGAAGGCAGCCAAUACUGCGGACGAUGCGCCAGCCAGUAACUUGCUCCAAAAGGUGCUUAAUUUGCCGGAGCAGGUGACGGUGUGUCUCUCGGCUAUGAUCGAGCAUCUGACAGAGUACGGAUUGGAGCACAUUUUCGAACUCACCAAGUAUUUCCAACACUUUUCUUCUCGAUCACACAUGCUGCUGAACGCGAAUACCCUGGUCAGUCUCGAGAUCUACCAGAACCAGACAGAUCAUUCUGCCAAAGGCAGUCUUUUCUGGACCUUGGACCGAACGCAAACGAGAUUUGGACAGCGGUUGCUCCGAAAAUGGGUGGGACGCCCCUUGCUGGACAAGGAGCGCCUGGAGGAAAGGGUGAAUGCUGUUGAGGAGCUGAAGAGUCCGGAUAGGACUGUGCAGGUCGAGAGACUGAAGAUAUUGCUAGGAAGGAUCAAGAGCGAUCUGGAGAAGAAUCUGAUUCGGAUAUACUAUGGAAAGUGCACGCGCCCAGAGCUUCUCACUGUUCUUCAGACGCUGCAGACCAUUGCACAGGAGUACGUUGACGUCAAGACCCCCGAGGACUCCGGCUUCACAUCGCCAAUUCUCGGUGAGGCUAUUGCACGAGUGCCGUCAAUAUUGGAAGAUGUUGUCAAGUUCCUGAACAAGAUCAACAUGCAUGCGGCGCGAAACGACGACAAAUAUGAGUUCUUUCGGGAAUCGGAAGAGACAGAAGGAAUUAGCGAACACAAGUGCGGGAUCGCCAGCGUUGAACAUGAAUUAGAGGAACAUCGCUCUGUCGCUGCCGGGAUCCUCAAGUGGCCGAAGGUGACUUACGUUACUUCGUCAGGGAUCGAGUAUCUGAUCGAGGUUGAAAACACUGCAGCGGCCAUCAAACGAGUGCCAGCAUCAUGGGUGAAGGUGAGCGGGACCAAGAAGCUUUCUAGAUUCCAUACGCCAGAGGUUAUUCAGCUAUUACGGCAACGAGAUCAGCACAAGGAAGCGUUGGCUGCAGCGUGCGACCAAGCGUUCGCGGCUCUUCUGGCCGAGAUAGCGACUAAUUAUCAGUCCUUCCGUGACAGCGUCCAGUCUCUAGCGACGCUCGACUGUCUGCUCUCACUGGCUGCAAUUGCUAGCCAGCCAGGAUACGUGAAGCCCGAGUAUACCGAUCAAACGUGUAUUCACGUGGAACAAGGGCGCCAUCCAAUGGUCGAGCAACUUCUGCUUGAUAGCUAUGUUCCCAACGAUAUUGAUCUGGACAGUGACAGGACUCGAGCCCUCCUCGUCACCGGUCCGAACAUGGGCGGCAAGUCCAGUUAUGUGCGGCAAAUAGCCCUGAUUGCCAUUAUGGCACAGAUUGGCUCCUACGUGCCUGCUCGGUCCGCGAAGCUCGGCAUGCUGGACGCCGUGUUUACUCGCAUGGGAGCUUUCGACAACAUGCUGGCGGGUGAAUCGACCUUCAUGGUCGAACUGUCGGAAACGGCCGACAUCCUCAAGCAGGCAACGCCCCGUUCGCUGGUCAUCCUUGAUGAGCUGGGCCGGGGUACGUCUACUCAUGAUGGGGUUGCCAUCGCGCAGGCGGUUCUAGAUUACAUGGUACGAACGAUCCGAAGUCUGACCCUCUUUAUCACCCACUAUCAGCAUCUUUCCAAUAUGGCGCAAUCCUUCCCAAACCACGAACUUCGCAACGUGCACAUGCGAUUCACCGAGUCUGGGUCUGGCAAGGACGAAGAGAUCACCUUCCUCUACGAGGUUGGAGAGGGUGUGGCGCAUCGCAGUUACGGAUUGAACGUGGCACGGUUGGCGAAUCUACCAGCACCGUUACUCGAAGUGGCCAGGCAGAAGAGUUCGGAGCUAGAGGAGCGGAUUCGCCGUCGUCGACUUGCCGGACUUCGUGCUGAUGUUGGAGGAUUAAUGGAGGAUCCUGCAAAGGGAGAUGAGGACUUCUUCCAACGGCUCAUCAGCAACGCGGAGCAGCUGUAG